AUGUCGUCUUCGGCGUUUCUGCCUCUUCUGUUUCUCGUUUCACUGAGCCUUCUUUCCGCCGCGAGAGCAGCGCCAGCAGCGGCUAAGCCAUGGGGUGGCAUCCGCAUCGACAGCGGCGGAAUGAAGAACUUCACGGACAACUUCACCCGGCAGUGGUCGCGCGACGACGGCUUCACGAGCGGCAUGGCCGGCACGCUGAACCUCACGGGCGCGCCGAACGAGUUCAACAUGCCCAUGUACCAGAAGACCACACGUUACUACCUUUUCGCGCUCGAGAACUGCUACGAGAUGCCGGUCCCCGCCGGGCACUACCUUAUUCGGAUGUUCUUCAACCCGGGACCCCCUUCGGAACGCGGAGACCCGACCCGCGAGUUCGCGGUGUCCACGCUCUCCACCCAGAUCGCCAUGAUCACGCCGCGAACGCCUGGCGAGUUUCGCGAAAUGAUGGUAACCUACCCCGGCCCGAACGCGGAGCUGGACGUCUGCUUCGUCGCCAACCCGUCCGCACUGUCGGCGUUCGUCAACGCCCUCGAGAUCCUGCCGAUCGACCCAGAGGCGUACGUGACGGACCCCAACUACAUUCUCUUCAACUACGUGCGUCUGCGGACGGGGAAGGGCAUGAGCUUCGGGGACGGAGUGAGCCUGCCGGAUAAGGACAAGGGUCACCGCCAGUGGUUCAACAUGUCCACGGCCAAGCUGCUCAACGAGCCUGUGACCGUCAGCUGCGAGCCUGCCUGCUCCUACCUCUCGGUGCUGGCGUCCACAGCCUUCACGGGUGCUGACGUGGCACCGCACUACUUCCCCAGCGUCCUCUACUCGUCAGCCAUCACCAACGCGGCCGGCGGCAAGAUCACGUUCAAGGUCACGAUCCCCGACAAGGGCUCCCGAGUACUCAUCGUGCUGCACUUUGCCGAGAUUGACCCAGCCGUCACUGCUGCUGGCGCUCGGGUCUUUUCUAUCUUUGUCAACGGGAAGCCCACCCCGGGCGGCGAUAACAUUGACCUGAUCAAGUGGGGCAAGGCUUCCAAGGUGGCGCUCUUCAAGACCGUUGAUUGGCAGCUGGGCCCGGACGAAUCGACGGUGGAGAUCGUGCUGGCGGGCGCUGAGGGCGCAUCCAAGGGCCCCACUGUUGCUGGGCUGGAGGUGUUCCGGCUGGUGUCCAGAGGCCCUCGCACCAACGCGGAUGAGUUCAAGCUGAUGAGGAAAAUCCGCGACGCCCUGGUGGUCCCGGAGAUGAGCAACUGGCAGGGCGACCCCUGUGCGCCCAUUGCCUGGCCGGGCGUGGGGUGCCGGAUCACAGAGAAGAACGACUUCAGCAUCACGGGCAUUACGCUGUCAGCAGCAGAACUCUCGGGUUCGUUGAUCCCCGACAUCCACCAGCUCAAGAACCUGCAAUACCUGAACCUGAGCAACAAUCACCUCUCAGGAAGCAUUCCGCAGGCACUCAUCGACCUGGAGCAGCUCACCAUGCUGGAUCUAUCAGCCAACGACCUCAAGGGCUCCAUACCCCGGGGGUUCAGCAGCAUGCCUGCUCUCAAGAUUCUUGACCUGCAUGACAAUGAGCUGACAGGAGGUGUGCCUGCUGAUCUCUUCCCGCCGCCCCCUGGCGUCAUGAUUGAUUUCUCCAACAACCCGGAUGUGUGCGGCACGACCACGCGGCCAGCCUGCGAGGCGCUGGGCGGGCCGGGAGUGAGCGACAUCACGAUAGUGCAGCCGACGUCCUCAUCAGUCUCAUCCACCCAGAUCGUGUGGAUCAUCACUGCGUGCAUCCUGGGCGUGCUGCUCAUCAUUGCUGUCGUGGUUGCCAUUCGUCUCAUCUUCUUCCAACCGCACCUACCACUGGAGGAUGAUGACACUGGUGAGCCGCCCCCCAUCCUCCCCGUUCCCUACCCUCCCUCCCUGUUCCCCCUCCUCCUCCCCUCCCCGUUCCCCCCUUCGUGGUUGCCAUUUACCUCAUCUUCUUUCAACUGCACCUACCACUCAAGGAUGACGACAAUGGGUCCUGUGCCCUCGCCGGCGCUUCCCGUCUUUGGAGCAUGGAAUUUUCAAGCUUCGAAGAACCCGGAAGAGGCGGCGGCAGCGGCGGCGGCGGCGUCCGCAGCCGCGCGCUUGCGCUGCGCGCCGAGCGCGCAGACGUAUGACCCUGAGAGGGACGGGGGCGUGGGAAGCGGCGGCGCGGGCUUCACCGCCAUGUUCGCGAAUAAGGGGAAGGAGAGGCGAGCCAUGCGGAUUGUGGACGGGAGGAUCAUGGAGGUUCCCAGUGGGGGUCAGCAGGGGAAGGAGAGGUGCGCCAUGCGGAUCGUGGAUGGGAGGAUCAUGGAGGUUCCCAGCGGGGGACAGCAGGUAUGGAAAGCGGGGGUUGGGUAUGGCGAGGGGGGGACUGGGUUGGGAAGCGGCGGAGCGGGUUUCACCACCAUGUUCGCGAAUAAGGGGAGGGAGAGGCGAGCCAUGCGGAUUGUGGAUGGGAGGAUCAUGGAGGUUCCCAGUGGCGGUCAGCAGGUAUGGAGAGGGGGGGAAGGGGAUGGAGAGGGGGAUUGGUAA